CAAACUCGUAAUCCUUCCCACAAUCCAUAAAUUUACCAGCUGAUCGAGGUUCGCACAUGCGCUACUUCAUUACGGAGUUAGCACGGAAGUUGAACGUAAGGGUGUUGUUUAGUUUCGUUUUCCCAUACAGUUUAAAAUAUUCUUAGACAGUGACAAAUUAUCGCGAUUAUUUAUUGAGAAAGGGACACCCGUCCACAGCCCUUCUGAUGAUACAGUUCUCACGAGUUUAACCAUUUAACCUUAACUGAUACCAACCCAAGUCGUCCAUUCAAGACUCAAUACAGGAACAAGAUUAAUAAUGAAAGGAACGUAUCUAAUCUUCGCAGCAUAGCCUAUAUUCCUAAUUGGAGAUCGCCAUUUCCUCAAACGUACAAAGGAACCCCUUCAUACACAGAAGACAAUAUAAUCAAUGAAUUAUUCAAUGUUUACAUACCGCGAAGGCGUACCGAGAGAUAUUACACGACCUUAACAGUUUAACAUAAGGUCAUCGACCAUGCAUUUCUCCGCUUAGAACCAUCAUAGCACUCUCCCUCGCUAUGGACGAAAAUAGUCUCUUCCACGCUAUCGACCGAGUGCCGUACCGAGUAAAAGUUUGUGAAAUUUCGAGCAGUUUCGAACGCGUCCGGUAAGACUGAUACGAAAAAAUGCGCUGGUAGCUAUUUUAGUUUUUUUCUACGACGGUUGUGAUCAUCUUCCAUCCAGAGCUUCGUUCAAAUUAUAUAUCGAUGUUGAUUGUUGUUGAUGAUGAGUGUUUUAUGAUGGUUACGAGGCGGCGGUUUGAAGUUCGUCGAUGAUGGACGAGGAUAAUCCAUCUAGGAGGCUGAGUCAGGUGUUCGACCCUCUGUCUAGGCUGGGGGAGCUCACUAAGCUGUCUUCGCACUCGACUCCGUCUUCUCCGAGGCUACUUCCGAGGAGGCACAGGGAUGGAACGUCCCCUCUCGCGUCCCUCGAUAUGCUGGAGUCCGGACCUAGCAGGGGCGCCGACGGAAACGGGGUUAAUUGGAGGGAUAGAUGUUUCGAGCUGCAGCUUGAGUUGCAGAGGAGCAGGGCUCAGGCUACAAGGAGCAGGGAUAUGCUGAGAGAAAAGCUUUCCGAAUUGGAACAGCGGGUGUUGGAGGCGGAGGGACGCGCAGAAGAGGCAGAGGAUAAGGUCCGAAUAAUGGAACAGAAACUGGCAUGGUCUCAGAAAAGCGACCCCAAUAGCGUCCAGAUCCACCGUUUGGAGGGAGAGGUCGAGGAGCAACGCCAGUUGAGGCUCCACGACGCGAGACAGGUAGAGGCUAAAGCUGCACGUAUCAAGGAAUGGGUCACCAAUAAGCUCAGAGAACUGGAACAGCAGAACCAGACGUUGAGAGAGCAGAACAUCAAGUGCAAUCAGCAGCUGGAGCUGUUGAGGAAUCACCUGGCUUCUGCGGACAGACGGAGGUCGGAGAGUUGCUCGCCCGACAGGCACAAGUUACCGGCAACGAAUCUCAGUAAUAAGAGCUCCAAACACAGAAGACACCAAUCAGUCUGCCUUUCCAGCAACUUUGAACCCGCAGUUCCAAGUACCCUAGUCAGUAGUGUUAAUUUCGGAACCAGUACUUCCAGCAUGGAUCCACUAACGGACGAUCUCCGAGCAGCUGUAGAUAACCUAAGUCUCGGAAGAGUGCCUAGUAGUAGUGCUUCGGAUCCAGACCUUGCCCACGACUACGCGGAGAUCUACACUCCGAGCAGGGAAAAAGUGCCAUGGCCUAGAGCCCCCACACCUCCUCUGCAUAGGUUUCCAAGUUGGGAAGACAGAAUUUAUCAGGUGGCUGCCGAUGGACUCACACUCACUGGCACCACGCCGAGUGAUCUAGGACCGGAGCAGGCUGGCUAUCAGGACAUCCCUGUUCCGGUCUACGCCACUGUCAAAGGAAGGGCUAGCCAAAUCCGCUCAAUGCCCUUCACUGGUGACUCUUCCGAUGAUUCAAGUGAUGGUGAAGGCAACAAUACAACGGCUGUGGACGGCACCAAUACUAAUAGCCGAAGCUCAGGAGACACCUCUGGAUCUAGUCCUGGAAAGAGGACAGCUUCCAGCAGCAGCGGUUCGCCGAGCAAAAGCAAAACCAGAGGUGUUUCAGAUACCUCCUUCGAAUCGGGAAUGUCCGACGACUACGCUGUACCCCCCGACGCUUUAAGCUGUGAUACUGCCAGUUUGGAAUCCUCCAUGUUGCUCAGGACCUCGUAUCUGGACAGUCCCAAGAGACUGGAGAGUCUGGAGAAGUCCGGAUCGCUGGCCAAACUAGGUGGAAAAUUGAAGACGUGGCGGAAGAGAUGGUUCGUUUUGAAGAACGGCACUUUGACGUAUUACAAGGGACAAAACGAUACGAAUAGGAAACCUCAGGGUCAAAUUAUAUUAGACGAUAUUUGUAAGAUAACAAGGGCGGAAGGAUCGAAUACUUUCGAAAUAGACACGGGCAAGAAGACGUAUUAUUUGACGGCCGAUUCGUUGACUGCCAUGGAAGAUUGGGUGAGGGUUCUUCAGAACGUACAAAGGAGAAACGCAACAAAGAUACUGCUCAGCAGGGAGGAGAGCAAGCCGGCGGUGCAGGGCUGGCUGACGAAGGUCAAGAACGGACACGCGAAAAAAUGCUGGUGCGUCCUUAUUGGCAAGAUGUUCCUAUAUUUCAAAGCGCCUAACGACCAGACCCCGGCCGGCCAGAUAAACAUGAGGGACGCGCGGGUGGAGGAAGUUGAGCAUAUGUCGGAUUCGGAUUCCGAGGAGAAGGACCAAGAGCAGCCGGACCUGACGAUCGGUAUAUUUCCAACGAACCAGGGACCGACCUAUCUCUUGUGCCCCGGAAAGCAAGAGAAGGAUUCUUGGUUAUACCACCUGACAGUAGCCAGCGGCGGAGGACCAAGUACAGGUACACAGUACGAACAGCUCAUCCACAAACUCAUGGAGGUCGACGGUGACACCAACUGUGUUCUAUGGAGGCAUCCGGUUCUUUUACACGUGCCUUGUACCAAAGAUGGAGCCAUCCCUUCCUAUUUCCCCCUCACCAAGCUGCCAACAGAGGCAUUGCAGUCUGAAGCCAUAAAACUCUUCAAGUGCCUCCAGUUGUUCAUGUCGGCUCAAGUGGACCAGGCUGGAAUAGAUUACCACGUGAUCCUCGCUCAAAACGCCCUCCAGCAAUGCCUCGACAUGCCCGAGCUGCAGGCCGAACUGAUCUGCGCUCUCAUCAAGCAGACUAGCAAGAGUUGUCCUCUUCCUAAACUCGGAGUGCAGGUAUCCACUUCUAAGUUGCUUAAGAAAAGUCAAUUGCUCCUUUGCGCAACGCAAAGCCUAUUCACUUGUGAAACAACGCCCAGUAUAAAUAGCACUUCUGACCAACAAAUUGCAUCUUCCGCCAUACAGGCUUCGCAGGAGGAGAAGUACAAGGAGCACAAGGAGUGCUUUAAGGAGCACAAAGACACCAAGGGGCCUCCCAGCUUCACCUUCCUGCAAGGGUGGCAGUUGCUGGCGCUAGCGGUCAGCCUGUUCGUACCCAAGUCUUCCAGGCUGUUGUGGUUCUUGAAGCAGCAUCUGCAGAAAAACGCGGAUAAUAGGACGGAGUGCGGCAAAUACGCGGCUUAUUGCGAGAGAGCUCUGGAGAGAACGAUUCUGACAGGUGGUAGAGAACUGAAGCCCUCGAGAAUGGAGGUACUCAGCAUUCUGCUUAAGAACCCUCAACACCAUUCCCUGCCUCACUCUAUGCCCAUCCACCUACUCAACGGCACCUACCACAUCACGAGUUUCGACGGCUCGACCUCCAUAAAAGAAUUCCAGGAUAGUCUGGCUACGGAGAUCGGUUGCAGGAUAAACAACGGCUUCGCCAUUUUCAGCGAUGACCCCAUCGAGAAAGACCUAGAGCAUACCUUGGACCCCAACGCUAAACUUUGUGAUAUAAUCUCGAAAUGGGAAAUAGCCUUGAGGGAAAAAGGUUUGGGCAAGUUCGAAAACACAAAAGUGAUACGAUUGACCUAUAAAAAUAGAUUGUGGUGGAAGAACAGCGCAAGGUUGGAAACGGAUAAGGAGAGGUUACUGCUUUGCUACCAAGUCAACAAGCAGAUAGUUGCCGGUAGAUUCCCGUUAAGCAGAGAGUUGGCGCUCGAAUUGGCUGCACUAAUGGCUCAAUUAGAUUUAGGAGAGUGUUCUCUCGGUACCAAAAACCUGGGUGCUAGCAUUUCUCAAAGCCAUCCGGGUACCACUUCCAACAAACAUCAGAGUCCGAAAUCGGUGAGGGGUACUUUCAGUCCACAGAACACCUGCUCGAAUACCCUGAACGCUCUGAGUAACGUCCAGAGCAUCCUCACGGCUCAUUCCAAUCAGGCCCUCACUGCCAUAGACAAGUUCUACCCCUAUCGAUACCGCGAUCAGUUGAACCAAGAGGGUCUUGCAGACUUGCAAGCUAAGCUUCUGGACAAAUGGAGGGGACUCAAGGGAAGGACCCAGCUGGACUGCGUGCGGAUAUUUCUGACGUGCACUAGGAAGUGGCCUUUCUUCGGAGCUACCCUAUUCCAGGCAAAACUCAAACAACCCGACGCACCCAUGACGUGGAUGGCUGUCAAUGAGGACUCCAUCACGAUAUUAGACUUGGCAACCAUGCAGCAACGUACCCGAUACCCUUACACCAACGUCCUAACCUUCGGCGGGUGCCAAGAAGACUUCAUGCUGGUUGUCACCCAGAACGACCAACAGCCCUCCCAAAAACUGAUUUUCAAUUUGAGUAAACCCAAGAUAUUAGAACUGACGCUUUUGAUCGCUGAUUAUAUGAAUUUGUUGAUAAAUAAUCCCGGUACUCCCUUGCUCGGAACGCUCAGUAGAGGCACUAUCGUCUCCGUUAAUCAGUCGAUGGUGAACCAGUCUGUCAUCAGCCAAACUAUUGCCAAUCAUAGCCAACCGGAUAUACUCAAAUCUACCCCUGAUCACGGUGGACUGCAGAGGACGGACUCAAAGAGGCGUACUCAUGUCGAUUCCGGUUUAGCAUGAUACAAACACUCGUGUGUCAAACCAUAGAUAUUCGUCAUGUGUCAUACGUCACCUGUCAUAUGCAGUGUCAAUAUAUAUGGGGGGUUUUUCACUUUGAACUCCUAUCGAAAUCAUUUCUGAAUUCUGGUGAAAUUUUGGUUUUCUGCAGACGAUGUGGGCUGAGUCGAUGUCGAACAAAUUAUUUUUCAUUUUCAUUGCUUGAGGACGACGUUUGCAGAAAAAUGGUUUCGGAGAUGCGUUCGAUUGGAUUUUUAGGGGGGAAACCUUGUAUAUUUAGUCCCCUCGCUUGACUAACCCCAACGUGCGUAUUCUGUCGAUAUUGUACAUAAGGUAACCGCAAUGUGUAAAUAUUAAAUAUAGGUACAGCUGAUUCCAAGGGGUUUGUAUUAUUUAAAAAUUUUUUUUUAAUGAAAAAUAGCAUAUUUUGUACCUAAAACUAAUCGAUUUAGGUUUAUGUUACGAAUCUGAUUUUUUUUUAAGAGGAUUUUACUUUUGGGAAUACAGUAAAACAACCAAUGAAAAACAAUAACACUGAUGAAAAAAAGAAAGAUUUUAGGGUCAUUUUCGUAUUUCAGUUAUCAAUUUUCCUGAAACUAUCAGAGGUUUUUGGUUUUCAGCGAAAAUACCUGAAUGUUUCUUUAAUCCCCAUAAAAUGUUUACAAUUCACAAGACGAAAAUACCCUCCAAUCUUCUUGUAGGUUCCAGGCAACGUUUUGUAUGGCGAAGCUGAUGAAAUCGAUGUUGAAUUUUGUACGAAAUAUCCAAAACACCAUCUAGUCCAUAUUUUGUAAUGUAUGCAUGUUUUGACAAUAGUUACCACAAUAAGAGUUUUAUCUACUUUGAAAAAUGUAAACUGUAUUUUUUUCAUGUUAUAGGGCAUAUUGAAUUAGAUUCAAUGAGUGAUAUUGAUUUGUUUAUUUUUAUCGUAUGAUAUUUCAUAGACAUUAAUAAUUUAUUCGAAUAAAUGCAGAUUUAUAUUU